AUGUGCAGAGAGUCUCUGAAGCAAAUGAACGAGGUGGAUGAAAUUGAACAUGUUUCUACCAGUGAAUCAAUCUGCAGAUACUUCAACUCGUCCAAGCACACACUUCCAGUUGACUACUCCACAUUCGACCACAUGUCACCAGAUGAUGCUCCCGGACAGCUGAGAUGUUGGGGCAUGUACGACUACGGUCAAAUCCAUCCCUUGCCGUUGCCAUUUGGGGAGGCCUCGAAAUUGAGGAGAUGUACAACAAGUGGAGGAUGGCUGCACACAUGUGGGAUCCUCGCCAACGGAACGAUGCUGUGCUGGGGAAACAACGCCAACGGGGAGCUCGGGACGCCCUAUUGGAAUGCCUCGGAUGGGAUAACAUGUCAGGGUCAGAGUCAGAGCGACAACUGCAUCGUGCGACUGGAGGGCACCUGGGCCCUCACGGAGACUGGUGGAGUAUCAGCUGGAAGACAGCACACAUGUGCCAUCAUGUGCACUCCUACCUCACCCAAGGCUGUAGACUCAUUCACAGUAGUCGGUGCCCCGUACGCUAUGCCCUGGCCUUCGUCUCCUCCAGAGACUUGCACGCAAGGCGUUGUCAAGUGCUGGGGGGAUGAUACGUUCUAUCAAGCUCAGAAAGGGGUGGAUGAGUUGUUCAAAAACGAGCAAUACGACGACUUUAUCAGCGUGUGUACAGCAACUGCUCAUUCUUGCGCUGUAAGACGGGAAGGAUCCUUGUAUUGCUGGGGUUAUGAUGGGAACACGAGAACGACGAUUCCAGCAGCGUACGCUGCUCAGAAAUGGAUCGCAGUGCGAUGCAAGGGAGCCCACACUUGCGGGCUGACUACCCCGAAUGCAAUCGGCCGAUCUACUCUUAUAUGCUGGGGCUACAGUGGGUACGGACAGACAAGCGUGCCUUACUUUGAGAAACAACAACUUGACCGGAGCGUCCUCACGUUCGACACUGGCGAUGUCAACACAUGCGCAUUAUGGCAGUUGACCGAGGCGGAACAGACUUGCGACACUGCCAACUCAAUCCCCCCAGCUCUCAACGGACAGUGCUGGGGCGACGGCUCAUACGCGCAGAGCAACCUCCCUCUGCGUCCUCUGGGAUAUACGGCAAUCAAGAUCUGUGACGUGCUGAUCUGGAACAAGAUAACGGCUGGCUCGGCGCAUACAUGUGGGAUCACUAUCGACGACCCCGGUCAAGACUGUUCCCAGGAGUCGAGAUGCGACGAAUACCCUCCUCCUCUCUGCAACCCAACCUGCGAUCCUCGCACUCGCUAUCCGGGAGCUCCCAUCAUCAAAUGCCCGCGGUAUGUGAAAGGAUACCUGAUAGGCGUCUCUCCAAGAUUCAACCCCGGGGACGGGAACUCUCCUCUUUGCGUUCCAGCAAGAACCAACUACAUGAGGAAAUGACAUGCUGGACGAGGCAAGGCAUCAAGACUCUCUGCUGACUCUUCUUCCUCUCAGGUGUUGGGGCUCGGACAGCAAUGGUCAGAUCUUCAUGCCAGGGAGCAAGGCAUCCGAGUUAACCCCGGACUUCCUCUCCGUGUCUUUCUUUGCAUGCCUGCUGCUCCUAGGAAGAGCUCACGAUUACAGUGUUGGAUAAACCACGAUUACAGUGUUGUAUAAACUACGAUUACAGUG